AAGGAUGAUUUAUAUCUUGCACAGAAGAGCUCUUUGUAAAAGGGAUCUCCAGAGAACGGUCUCAAACAAAUCAGGUUAAUUCGGGGUUCAAAACCACAUAUCACACAAGGUUUCACCACAUCCUUGGCCUUGACGUUUUCCAAUAAAGAAUAUUGCUCAUGCUGAAGGAGGGAGACAAAAAAAAUAUUCUUUGCAAAGGAAAUCGAGACAAGCUGCUUCAUGUAAUUUAGUGAGCCAAGCUGUCAGUGAAAGAGGAGUCAUUAUUUUGUUUUAAGACCGGCAUUUUGUCAUAAAACAUGUGAUUCUGGGUUUUUACUGAUAAUGUCAUGUAAAAAAUCUGCGGUAUCUGGGUUGAUAAAUUCUUGUUAGCAGCUGCUAAAACUCCAAGGAUACAUGCAAUUAACACAUUGUGCAUAACUAUACUACAACAUGACAUCUUUAAAAAUCCAGGAGAGUUUCAGGGAUUUUAAAUCCUCAUAUACUUCGAGUUUGACAAUACACAAAAUACCAGACAAGCUUCUGCUUCACAUCUUUUCGUUUCUGAAGCAUCAAGAACUUGGAAAAGUGGCCCGCGUUUGUAAGAAGUGGCGAUUGCUUGCCUACGACCCUCGCUUGUGGACAAGCAUAUCUUUACGGCCAGAAUAUGGUGGACUGCACGUUCAGAACGUCGACGCAUUACUGACUUUAAUAGGCAUAAGAUUUGGGCCUACCCUGAAGUACAUAGAACUACCCUGUGAACUGAUUACUUCCCCUAUUUUACAUGAAUUGGCAAACAAGUGUCCAAAUCUUGCCUACAUGACGUUAGAUUUUGCCAAUGCCAUGCAGUUACACGACUUCAAUGACCUGAACGCCUUUCCCUGUAACCUUCGGAGCCUUUGUAUAUGUUUAUCAGAGGUCAUAUUCCUGGAAGGGUUCAUGAGAAGGAUAUACAGCUGCCUCUCAUCUCUAGAAGUUCUCCAUCUAAUUGGAACAUUUGAAAUGUCAAUGGAGGCUGAGGAGGAUAUAUAUGAAGUCAUAAACAUCGGGAAGAUCAAGGCACACACCCCUAACCUGAGGAUUGUCAACAUGUACGGAAUCACCUUUAUUGAUGACACCCACAUUGAGCUACUCACCUCCAACUGUAUCCACAUUGAAACAUUGGCUCUGAAUUUCUGUCUCAGAAUAAAAGGGUCCUCUUUCAAAUCCUUGGUGCAAAGAUGCAAAAAGUUGAAAACUCUUUUACUGCAACAUACAGGUGUUGAGGAUCACCACAUGAUUGCUGUCCCUUGGGAGACCUCCAUUAUCUCGGAACUCGAUCUCACCUCUACUGAACUGUCAACGGAAUGUCUAGAGAAUAUUCUACUUCGCAUGCCAGGCUUUACCUACUUAGCUUUAGGAUACUGUGAAUUCUUUUCAGAUAGAAUUUUAGAUCAGCUGUCACAGAAAGGAAAAUUUAACAAGCUCCGAGCACUAGAUAUCAGCCACACCCAUGCUCUCUCUGAGAAUGCCAUCUACCAGUUCCUGCAGUCUCAUGGCCACCAUCUGACAGGACUCAUGUUGUGUGGAAAACCCAAACUGACUGAAAACUUCUGGUUGAAUGUCAUAGGAUUCCUAACAAGCAUCAGAGUUUGUGUACUAGGCACAGCCAAUGGUUGGUUCCUUAGGAUCCAGAGCAAGGUGCACAUAGAUCAGGUGAUUGAAGGCUUUGCCCAGAAUUGUCCUCGACUGGAGAGACUUGAGAUUCAGUGGGACCCCGACACGAUCAGGUUCAGUGACAAAAGCAACAAGUUUGUGGAUCACAUUAGGUUGAGGUGUCCCUACCUUAAGUCUUUCACCCUGAGUGAUGGCGAGUAUUAUGAGAUGGUGAAGUCCAAUUUCGAAAGGGCAGACAGACUGAAGGUUGUAAGGACGACAACCAACUACUGCACCAGUAUCGUGUGCCUACUUCAUUGCUACAAAGAUCUCUUAUUUAACUGAAUCCACUCCUGCUUCAUUCACCAGUCCACUGCCAGACAAAAGAUUUAGCCCACUCCACCAAGUGCCACACAGAUCUCUAGUUCGAUUCUCUUCACCAACUAUAAAAUUCAACAGAUCAUUUAUAGUUUCAAAUAGGCAACUGCCCAGAAAAUAACUACUGUACAUUGUAAAUGUAAACCAUAAGGCUUAGAUAAAUUUCUUAUCAUUAUCAAAUACCUUGACCAUUGUAGGAUUGAUUGAUAUAUGCAAAAUCUUGCUGUAUUAUCUACAAUUAAAGAAUGUAUUAGAUACAUGUAAGAAUUACUGUAUCUAUAAUUUAUUUUGGUAUUCAAUACCAUCUACAAACACUUCAAGAAUUAUAUACAUGUACAUGUAAAAUGGACUCUAGCUGAUACUUAUCUAUUAAUAGAUCUGAUAUAUUUUAUGGGACUAAAUAUGUAAACUUUCCUUCCCCUAAUUCAGAUUUUAAACUUUCAGAAAAUAUAUCAGAUCAGCGAAACUUUAACCUACAUUUUCAUGACAGAAAUGUUACUGUUCACUUAAUGUUGAUAAUGGAUUCUGUAUGCUAGUUGGAUUUUGCCAGCACUACUUGAUAUUCUUAUUGAUCUUUUAUUGUAUUGACUAAAUAGUACUGUAUGUUACUACAUGUACCUGGUAAAUAUAUAGUUAUGGCCGCCACUUAUCAUACUGAAACAUUCAAAAUGAAAAAAAAAAAAAAAAAACUAUGUGACAUAUUACAUAGCUAUAAAAAGGAUGCUGCAAUUCAAGAAAAAAAAAGGAUUUUUAUCUAUCACAUUUUAAAAGGAGUUGUUGCAUGCUUCAGGAAGCAUAACUGUUAGUGAGCUUGUUUUACUCCUGUCUGAGUCUUCGCCAAUCUCCACACAACAUGACUUAUUUGUAGUCUAAUGACUACCUGUAAUUGCUUAUAAAAUCAGAGAAUUUUUUUCUUCUUCAUAACGUCUAUAAUAAACAAGUUUAUUUCAUGACUUGUAAAAUUGGUUAGUCACAGCCAAUUUAUGAUCAAAGCCCCCUUCUCCCCUUUUCAAAGAUUAGGUGAUAAGUUAUAGAAGUGGUGAAAAUUUUGGAAUUUUAAAAGAUGCAUUCUCAACAACAGAGAAAACUUUUAAAAAGCUCAUUCCUGCAGCCAGCAACCAGAUACAUGUGUAUAUAACUUAUAUCAUUAUGUACAUUUAUAUUUUGAUAAAUGGGAAGAUAGUUUAUUUUGAAACAGCUGGACUGUUUAAAUUUACCAAAUUAGAAAAUGUUUUAUUUACCAAAGAGUGCUGUAAAUGCAGUGAGAAGUUGAUGUAUGUUAUGUAUGGCACUGUGUAAUAUUGAUUCCUUAUAAAUUGGUACUAUCAAAAUUACUAUGCAGUUUAUUCUGUGUGUCAGAUGGAAUGUUGAAAUAAAGAGGAAUUAUUAAAGAAA